AUGGAGUUGGCCAACCACGGUCUUAUCCUGCUGCAGCAGCUCAACGCUCAGAGAGAGUUUGGCUUCCUGUGUGACUGCACUGUGGCCAUCGGAGAUGUGUUCUUUAAAGCCCACAAGGCCGUGCUGGCUGCAUUCUCCAACUACUUUAGAAUGCUCUUCAUACACCAGGACAGUGACUGUGUUCGCCUGAAGGCGACAGACAUCCAGCCUGACAUCUUCAGUUACCUGCUGAACCUGAUGUAUACUGGCAAGCUGGCCCCCCAGCUCAUAGACCCCACACGUCUGGAGCAGGGUGUGCGUUUCCUGCACGCCUACCCUCUGUUGCAAGAGGCCAGCCAGUCUGUGUACACGCACCCUGAGCAGAGCAUCAACCUCUCCACCUCCCUCUACGGCAUCCAGAUCGCCGACCAGCAGGCGGCGCUGUCGGCCCGCUUGCCACUGUCCUCUCCUGUCGACAUGGAGACACUUGGAUCGGAGGCUCAGUACCCGACACUCGCGAUGACAUCCAAGCCGGCCGCUUCCCCCCCAGAAGCGGAGGCAUCCACAAGCGGGGUCCAACCUGCCGCAGAAGAGGCAGCAUCUGAGUCUCCUGGCGUGGAUGGCGGCGCAUCUGCCAACGCCAUCUUGCAUGUGAAGCCCAGCAUCAUGAAGAGGAGCUCGUCCUUCCGUAAGCACUACUCUUGCCACCUAUGCAGGAGUCGCUUCAACCAGAGGAGCCUGCUGAGGGAGCACCUCCUGCAACACGCCCAGGCAGUGGAGACCCAAAAUGUUCCGUCACCCGUAAUGGUCGCCGAACAGAGCGUGCCUGAGGUGGAGGGACUUCUGAAGGGAAGUAGAGUCGCCGCGGUGGAGAUCAUUAGCGAUGGCGAGCAGACUCUGGCUUCGGGUAACAAUUCGGACUCUCCGCGUGCCGAGGUGUCCACAUCCAGCUGGGGUGCGGGCGGCCCGAACUCCCAGGCGGACACGCCGCCCCCCUCGGACAUCGCCGACAUCGACAACUUGGAGAAUGGCGACCUAGACCGCGAGCUGAAACGGCGGAAAUACGAGUGCUGCACGUGCGGCCGUAAGUUCAUCCAGAAGAGCCACUGGCGUGAGCACAUGUAUAUUCACACGGGCAAGCCUUUCAAGUGCAGCGCCUGCGGCAAGAGCUUCUGCCGUGCCAACCAGGCCGCCCGCCACGUGUGCCUCAACCAGGGCGCCGACGCCUACACGCUGGUGGACCGCCAGAGCAUGGAGCUGUGUGCAGCCGGCGACGACAGCAGCCAAAUGGAGGCCAUGUUCCUGGCCACGUCCAAGCCCUACAAGUGUAACAUUUGCGCCACCACUUUCUCUAGCCCCAACGAGGUCAUCAAGCACCUGUGCUUCACGCAAGGGGGCCUCGCAGGGCUGCAGGGCGGCGCCGCUCUGAUGCUUCCACACGAUGAGCUCUCCAAAGACGACGGAUCGGAUCUGUCCAACUCGGGCACGCCACUUGAGGCCAUCAAGGCUGAGGACAUCCUGGUGGAAUAG